CACCCCAUUCCUUUCUCCCCAAUCCCAUGAUGUAUGAUCCAGCAACUCCAUUCUCUCAUCAUACUCAUGCCGAUUGGGGUAGAUUGGCACAAACCCAUGAUCAGAGUUGCAGCAACGAGUAUAGUAAUGAUCAAGAACUUGUGGUUCAGUUUCGGCCAAACCAUAAUGAAGAAUUCUUGGAAAGUGAUGAUUCCGGCGUUUGCUCACCGCCUCUGUGGAAGAACAGCCCAUCUGAUCAGCCCCUCCUCAGCCACCAUAUCUACAGCUCUUUAUCACCAAACUCUAGAGUGCAAGCGAUAACUAGAGGGCAGAGGGAACUCAUGGAGAUGGUGAAAGACAUGCCUGAAUCAUCGUAUGAACUUUCAUUAAAAGAUCUUGUUGAGCAUCAUCACAGUGUGGAAUUAACUCAAACCCCUCAUCAGUUGGAAAGAGAAAAUCCUAAGAAUCAGAGUUUGCAGCGAGGGGGAGUCGUAAGAGUGAAGAGUCUGGAGAGAAAGAAUAUAAUAAUGAGAAGUGGGAGCUUUGAGAAUAAAGGGAUGUUUCUGAAUAUGGUGUUUCCAUUUUCUUUCAACUCCAAGAAAAAGAAGAGCUUUGCUAGUAAUAAUAAUAGUUGGAAAGUCUCUCCCAAGCCUGAGGUGGUAAAGGUUGGUGGUGAAAGGGAUUGGUGGAAGAAGAAAUUUACUGGCUCUAGUGAUAGUGAUAGUAGCAGAACAAGUAAUAAUAGUGGCAGCAGCGGCACCACUGAAAGCAGCGGCGGCAGCAGUAGCUGCCGGAGCAAUAGCGGCGGUGGCAGGAAAAAGAAUGGCUGCCGAACAUGUUGCUGGCCUUUUUUCUCCAGAAGAAAGAUAUCUGUAGAGUAAAUGAAGAUCCCCUUAGCCUGUGGGUAAGGCUAUACGCCUGUACUACUUGUAAAACACUCUGCCAGACUUUUUAAGAGUUAUAACAGAGUAUACAUCGAGAAAUAUCUAAGUAUUUGUGUAUUCAUCGAUUGUCA